CGCCGUCGCCGUGACAACGUAGGGGAGCGCAGUCUCAGCGCAACGUUCGCACCGAUCUGAUCGCACGCACGAGAUCGACUAACGAUGAUCAAAACAGGACUCUGCCUUGCGCCGCGUUUCGCCCGCCGGCAGGUGGCGAUGGUGUCGGUGGUGAAAAAUUAUGCAACCGAAGCGAAAAUCGAAGUCAAGCCUUUCAAGCUGCACAAUCUGACCGAAGGUCCACCCACGAGCGGUACUCUCACGAGGGAUGAAGCCUUGAAGUACUACCGGCAAAUGCAAACGAUCCGCCGCCUGGAAACGUCGGCCGGGAAUCUGUACAAGGAGAAGCUGGUGCGCGGUUUCUGUCAUCUGUACUCGGGUCAGGAGGCGUGUGCCGUCGGUAUGAAGGGGGCAAUGCGGUCACAGGACAACAUCAUCUCGGCGUACCGCGUGCACGGCUGGACGUACCUAAUGGGGGUUUCGCCUCGUGGUGUCCUGUGCGAGCUGACCGGCAAGCAGGGUGGGUGCGCCCGGGGCAAAGGUGGCUCCAUGCACAUGUACGCCCCCAACUUUUACGGUGGCAAUGGCAUCGUCGGGGCCCAAGUUCCGCUCGGUGCCGGGGUGGCGCUUGCCUGCAAGUACAAGGGCAACGGGGGCGUUUGCCUAGCCCUGUACGGAGACGGUGCGGCCAACCAGGGGCAGAUCUUCGAAGCCUACAACAUGGCGCACCUGUGGAAGCUGCCAUGCAUUUUCGUCUGCGAAAACAAUGGCUACGGAAUGGGAACCAGCGCGGAGCGUGGAUCGUGCAACGUGAACUACUAUCAGCGGGGUGACGUGCUACCGGGCAUCUGGGUCGACGGAAUGGACGUCGUGGCCGUGAAACUAGCAACCGAGUUCGCCAUCAACCACGUACUCAACAUUGGACCGGUGGUGAUGGAAGUGUACACCUACCGCUACUCCGGCCACUCAAUGUCCGACCCCGGCACGAGCUACCGAACGCGCGACGAAGUGCAGGAGGUGCGCCAAACGCGAGAUCCCAUCUCCUCGUUCAAGGACAAGAUUCUGGCCGCCGGUCUGGUAACGGCGGAUGAGCUGAAGACCAUGGACAAUGAAAUCAAAAAGGAGGUCGACGAAGCGACCAAACAAGCGAAAGGCGACUCGGAAAUCGGCCUCCCGGAACUGUCGACCGAUGUGUAUUCGAUGAACCUGGAAGGAGACAUCCGGGGCUGUUCGCCCGGAUCGUGGCUGAAGCAUGGUACGCUCAAGCGGGCCGUUAAUCUGUAGAGGAUAACAGCAAACUCGGUUUGCGGUUGGCAAGCGGUACUCAAGUGUCCUUUUCUGGGCUAAUCCCCGGGAGGCUGUGCGAAGAAUUGAAUGAAUAGAACCCAUUUUCCCACAACUAGCUGGGAUUCAUUUUCUAAUACCAUCUGUAAGGAACGCUCCGUCGUUUGUUGCACGCAUGUUACGCAAACGCGUAUACCUGAAGUUUAUUUCAAUGAAAAUAAUGUAGAACAUUGAGGGUCCA